AUGCGGGUGAAGUGGGAGAUUGUCGGCCUAACUCUUCGAGGGCGACUGCUGGACAGCAACAACGAGCCUUCAGCAGAUACUCAAGCGGUCGAGUUCACUGCACAGGAUGUCGAACUGGGGCCGCUGGAGUCCAAGCAAAUUCGUCUGGCUGCACUUCCGCAACGGGAGGGGCUGCUACAGAUCCUGGGUAUCAGAUGGACUAUCUUCGACUGCCACAAGGUGGUUUGCGAAAGGCCUUUCCAACUGAAGGGGCGGCGGCUCAGAAACACGCUGGAGCAGCGCGCAUCCAAAACAGGUGUUUACAGCGGAGAUCUUCGACUGGAGAUAAAGGUUCGAUCUUGGAAGCCCCGUCUUCAAGCUCGCUUGGAGGGUUGGCCGGUGCAGAAAGAGCAGUCCACGGAAGCAAGUGAUGCGCUGUUGCAAGGCGAGCUGCGGCGCUGCAGUCUCGUCAUCACAUCCGAUGAUCUCGAUUGCCCUUUGACGCUUCUCCAAGUUGCGACGUCGCACCCGCAGUACCUUGCAUUGGAAGAGCCUGACACAAAGAGCAGCAAGGAGAUCUCCGUGAGGCUCACUGACGAGGGCAUCCGGUUGCAGGGCAAGCUGACAACGCUCUUUGAUGCUGCUGCACACGAGUUGCGACUGCCAGUUCUGCUUCGUGUUGAUACCGUCGGAGUGCACACCCUGCGCCUCCUCAUCCUGGCGGAGGCAGAGGGCCCUGGUGGGCCUAAAUGUGACCAGAGACAGUGGAUCACCCUGGAGGAGCAGGUUGGGAUUGAACCGGCUGUGUCCGUGACGGCGAGGCCGAGCCCGUCCUUCACCUCGGACGGUCGUUUCAUCUUCACGUGCCUCGUGGAGAACCGUGCGGCAGCACCUGUACACGUCACCGGCAUGAGCGGCUUCUGUGAUACUGGACUGGUGCCAUUGGACCUACAAGCAUUCACCACAGGCGAGCCACUGAUUGAACCAGGCGACUCCGUGGCUUGGACAGCAGCGAAGAAGUGCAGCAGAGAUGCCUCAUUGUCGGCUCUGCCCGUGGCCCACGCAGUGGGUAUAAAGGGUAUUGUAUCAGAGCGGAUAGCCGAUGAGAAAGAAUGUGGGACCGCGGGUUGGGACUUCCGCUGUAGUAAAGGAGACUAA